AUUCUACUCCUAAGUCCUACCCAAUACCCACAUCCUCAACCAGCCAGGCUCUGCUUCUUGUUGUCACUAAACAAACAAAGUCAACAUCAUGGACUCAUGGUAACUAUUUAUAUAUCAUUCUACUCCUACCCAAUACCCACAUCCUCAACCCCCAUGCAAAGAAAUGACCCAUCUAAGAGGACCCUUUGGUUUUGUUAACAAAAUCUUGACCAUCUUCAUAUAUGUCUAUCUGGGCAUCACUAUUGCAGCCUCUUCUACAGACCCACUUGCCCAACAACAACUGGACAAGGUUCUACAACUCCCAGGACAGAACUUUAACGUGAGCUUUGCACACUAUGCUGGUUACAUAACAGUCAAUGAAGAUUCUGGGAGAGCUCUUUUCUAUUGGUUCAUUGAGGCUACUAAGGAUCCUGACUCAAAGCCUCUUGUUCUUUGGCUUAAUGGAGGGCCUGGAUGUUCAUCCAUUGCUUAUGGGGAGGCAGAGGAAAUUGGCCCUUUUCACAUUAAGCCUGAUGGGAAGACCCUUUAUUUGAACUCUUACUCUUGGAAUAAAGUUGCCAAUCUUAUAUUUCUUGAUUCCCCUGUUGGAGUUGGUUUUUCUUAUUCGAAAAAUUCCUCCGAUGUGCUGAAUAAUGGAGAUAAAAGAACUGCUGAGGACUCUCUAGCAUUUUUAUUGAAGUGGUUUGAACGCUUUCCUCAAUUCAAAGGAAGGGACUUUUAUAUUGCAGGAGAGAGCUAUGCAGGACAUUAUGUUCCUCAACUAAGCCAAGCCAUUGUAAGGUACAACACAGCAUUAAAGGAAAAAGCAAUUAAGCUGAAAGGAUAUAUGGUUGGAAAUGCUCUAACUGACGAUCACCAUGACCACUUGGGUAUUUUCCAGUUUUUGUGGACUACUGGUUUAAUUUCUGAUCAAACAUACAGGCAGCUGAACCUUCUCUGUACUUUUCAGCCAUUUCUUAACGUCUCAGAAGCAUGUUAUAAUAUUUUAGUCGUUGCUAGUACAGAAAUUGGAAACAUUGACCAAUAUAGCAUCUUCACUCCCCCCUGCCCUGCUAACGUAAGCCAGUCAAAUCGGCUGAAGAAAAGAAUGAAUCAUAUGGUUGGUCACAUCGAUAUGAAGUAUGAUCCUUGCACCGAGGAGCACGCAGUUGUUUACUUCAAUUUACCUUCGGUACAAAAGGCACUUCAUGUUGAUCCAGCUCAUGCACCAUCUCCAUGGUCAACCUGCAGCGAAUUGGUAAAUACUAACUGGAAGGAUUCUCCUCGGACAAUGCUGGACGUUUACCAUGAGCUGAUUCAUUCAGGACUGCGUAUAUGGAUGUUCAGUGGUGACACAGAUGCCGUACUCCCAGUUACAGCGACCCGGAUGAGUAUAGAUGCUCUUAAGCUUGCGACUUUGAGACCUUGGCGUGCCUGGUAUGAUGAUGGACAGGUGGGUGGAUGGACUCAAGACUAUGCUGGGCUUACCUAUGUAACAGUCCGGGGAGCAGGACAUGAAGUUCCUUUGCAUAAGCCCAAACGAGCUUUGGCACUCAUUAAAGCCUUCUUGUCAGGGAACUCAACGAAACUGGCCAGUGCAUGAUGAAGUCGCCCUUUUUCCUGUAGCUUGUUCCAGCAAUAAGAAGGAAAGAUUACUUUUCCUUGUGUCCACUGUAUCCAGCUAACAUUGUUUCAGAAUGUACAAUAAGUCGAUUCAGGGACAACAAAUUGCACAACUGCUAAGUUGGUAUGUUGUGAUUUGUGUCAACUAUUUUUUGCACAAUAAAAGUGGUUUCAACAAGGGUGUAUGUUAUUUGCUGGCAUUGGUAAGAUCAGAAAGUUGGAAUUCCCAUCAAGUCAAAACGUCAUUGGU